UUCGUUCAAUCGCACGCUGAAGUAAAAAAAAAUAUCGAGCAAGCAAUUCAACGAACCACUGGCUUGAACUUGCCUGGAACACAUCACUUCGAUAAAGAUGCCGUGGUAUCGAGGUUCCGUGCCUUCCUCGGUUCUUUUCUGCUGUGUGGCGCAAAGACGUGAAUGAAAUUUUCCGGCGGAUAAUUAGCCAACGGCACCUCACAAAAGAGUCGGCGCCACACACCGCAAUUGACAUUUGCGAAGUAUUUUUCAAACUAAACAAUUGAAAGCGUUAAAAUGUAAUUAAUAUAGAUAUGAGUUUAUUUAUAAUGAGGCCGUGCUCUGAUUGGCUGACGGAACUUUUAGCUUCGAAGUAAGGUUUGUAAAGAAACUCAGUGACGCAUAAAGUCACAGACCCAACUUGGACGCAUGACGGUUGGAUCGCGGCCCGGCCUAUAGCGUGUCAGCUUACCUCCGCAAUCAAGGCAUACCAUUCGAAAGUCCAACUCAGCGCCUAGGGUGAUUUAAAGAUUCUUGCAGUGUCACAAGAAAUCAUCGCGCAGAGAAAUUUCAGCAGCUAAAAACACUCGCGAGUAAGAUGAGUUCCCCAAGAGACUCGCCUGAAUUGCCGUCGUACGACAUCAACAACAAUCAGCCGAGCAAUGACUUGUCAGAAAAGUGCGUGGACUCACUUGAAGAGAGUGCCUCCAUGGAUGGCGAUGGGUUGAAGCAGAAACGAAAGCAGCGAAGACAACGGACGCACUUCACCUCGUAUCAGCUUCAGGAGCUGGAGGCAAUGUUCUCUAGGAAUCGAUAUCCCGACAUGGCUGUCCGAGAAGAGAUCGCCAUGUGGACAAGUCUCACAGAAGCGCGAGUCAGGGUGUGGUUCAAAAAUCGCCGGGCGAAAUGGCGCAAAAAGGAGAAGAACAACCCGCCGAAUAUGCUGGGACAAGAAAAAAGCAGUGGCAUUAUUCCCAGUGUCAAUGGAUUUUUCGAAAGCUCGAGUUCUAUUCGUUACGAAAGCUCCGAGACCCCACCGUCUGUUUAUCCCAACUAUGGAGCAAACUACUGGAGCAAGGGAGCUCCUAGUAUUGGCUACGCCACCUUACAGCAGAGCAGUAACAGUCUGGGUUACAACUCGUUCAACCAAAUACCUCCACCCUGCCCGGUGCCACCGCAAAUAUCGGGGUCGCUGAGUCCUUUCUCGACUCCAAUGUCAAGCGAAAAUAGUUCAUCGUAUGCUCCCAACUCUUCAAGUGUAGCGAGCGUUCCGUGUGGCUACCCGCCAACUUAUGGAUACCAAGAUCAAACUUCGGUCUAUUUAAAAGGUAAAGGCUCCUCGCUGAAUCACCAUCCGAACUAUUCACAGCCAAACCCGUACAGUUCAUACCCAUACGGGAUGGCCGAAAUACCGAUUAAUAUUUAGAGCUGACAAACAAUAUCUAAGAAUGGAGUACCUCAUACGAAUGCACGUAGCAAAGGAGUUUUUAAGAACACUGUCUUUAAGGUAAUUUUUGUUUGAAAAGCAGUCGCUAGAAGCAAAACAGUUUGUUUCUUUUUAAGUUUAAUUCAAAGGUUUAAAACCGAAGUUAGCACCAAAGCGCAAUUAAAAGGCGAAAACAAUCUCUUGAAGUUAAUAGAUUCAAUCUAGGUGAGGUUUGGGUGUUUUAGCGAAUGCUGAAUACAAAUUAUUAAAAGGUUUUAGUUACAAGAUUGGAUGUAUUUAAAGUUGUCAAAGAAAAGAUUGCCAUGUUAGUUCUUAGACGAACAAAGUACCAAAAGUAGUUGAAAUUAUAGAAAGAUAGUUUUAAAGGACCUUGAAUUCUCUCUUGGUUAGAAUUGCUCAGUAUUAUACGUAGACGCUUUAAAGGACCAUGCUUCACCGACAUUCAAAUUUCUCUUUUGUUCUUAGCAGAGUCUCGUCGCAUAAUUUUGGUGGGGCGAAAUGAAGAAGUCGUGUAUAUUUGCUGAAGUUAAUUCGCGUAAAUCUAUCUUCUCAUUCAGCUAAGAACGUUUUGAUACCGGUUAUAAGCGUUUCCUAAUAAUGGUUUUGUCUCGCGCCCGUGUAGUUCUCGCUUCUUAAUCCCGAUCUACUUGACUAAGUUAUUAAGGUAAUAUCAAACUAUUCUUGUGUAAGGCGAUGAGCUGUUGAAAAGUGCUAACUAAAAUGAAUAAGUCUUUCCUUUUAAUCUUAGCUGUGAGAAGUUACAAGUAGUAUGCGGUUAAGAGCGGCACGCCCGUCGAUAUCUUAACAGACACUUUCGAAAAGUGCUCGCUCUUUAAAGGAAAUUUCGAAAAGAAAACUACUUUCAGUUUUACAAGACUGCUUGCGAGGCCACAAUACUAACAAUGUUUGAAUGCAGCGUCUAGAGGCCACGUUGUUUUGCCCUGGGAAUUUUCAGCUGUAUUUAAGUUUGUACAGUCAAUAAAAGACCUAAAUGUUGUGCGCAAUCUUUGUGUCUUAAUUCACUCUUUUCACAUACUGAGACAAAAGAGAAAAGUCCAUUGUAUAGUUUCCUUCAGCCUGCAAAGGAGCCGCUGAAAAGCGCUUCGAUGUCGAAGGAUCUUUGAUGACUACUUGCGUAUUACGUUGCGGCCGAGAACUUUUACAAAAACAGGAUAACAUGUUUUGUUGGCUUGCGUGUGUGGACCAUUCUAUUCAGAACCGCUGAAUGCAAAAA